CUAGAAGAGGAGCGUGCUGAGAAGCAGUCUCUGAAAGCUUUGAAGGAAGACAACCAGAAGAUGCUGAAGAAGGUCAAACAAGCCUCCCGGUUGGUCGCCGAGGAGUACAGCCGGAUGUCGCUGCAGUUGGAUCUGGAGGAGAAACUCAGGCAGCAAGCAGAAAUCUUUGCCCAUGAGAUGCUGGUGAAGCAGAAACAGGCCAAUCGGCAGAGCAUGAUCCUGAUGAAGAACGUCGGAGUGGACGGUCAGCUUCUCCUGGCCUUGGAGGAUUUGGCCAAGAUGACCAAGGAGUUGGAGGAAACCAAGAUGGAGCACGAAGCCCAAGUGAAGGAUCUGGAGGCCCAAUUGGUGGAACGGCCGCUGCCACAGGAGCUGGCCAGGCUGCAGGCAAUGUUGGCCACAGAAGAAGAAGGAAAGGCCCACCUGGAGGAGCGACUCCUCCGAGCAGAGGAGAAAUGUGCCAUCCUGGAGCACAAAGUAAAAGCCCUGGAGGAGGAGGAGGCUAAGGCCCGCAACACCCCAGAGGAGUGCCCGGUGGUCCCCAUUCCCCCCCCCCCUCCCCCCCCUCCACCCCCUCUGCCGCCUCCCACCUGGCCAGCAAAGACGGA